GUAACGAUGGUCCGAAGAAAUCAGCAUUCUCGAUCUUUACAAAUGGGAAUUAUUCUGUACUCAAGAGUAUACGUGGUCAAAUAUCAUCCUACCAGAAGAACUCAUCGCAUCUAAAAAGAACUAUUCCAUUACCUACUUGCAUCCACCCAGUAAUUAUUAGUAAUGCAUCGGCGGCUCGACUCCGGCCCGACGUCUCUUUCGUGACGUUAGACGAGGUGUGCUGGCAGACCUUUGGAGAUACCAUGUCAACCGUCGGUAAGAUGUCCCGACUUAGCAACAAGCUUCUUAGGGAGAUGAACGUGACUGCCGUCUUGAAGGAAAGGAACCAGACAGCUGAUGAGGUGUUCCAUGACCUUGGGCUCAUGAUAGACGUGGAGGGGUACAUUUACCAACCAGGGGGGCAUUGGAAGCCCGUCGAUUGUGAUCCCAAAUGGAAAGUUGCAUUGGUGGUUCCAUUUCGAGAUCGAAUCGACCAUCUUGCCAUAUUCCUUCGUCAUAUGAUACCAAUCCUACAGCUGCAGAAACUAGAAUUCUCCAUUUUUGUUGUCGAACAGAAUAACAACAUGAGUUUCAACCGAGCAAUGCUACUCAACGUCGGGUUCCUGGAAGCCUUGAAGCUAACACGAUACGACUGCUAUGUAUUCCACGAUGUCGACCACCUGGCCCUCAACACAAACAACUACUAUGGAUGCGAUUCCAUGCCACGACAUUUCAUCUCUGGCGAUGACUACUGGGAUUACCGUUUACUCUACGAUUCCCUGUUCGGCGGAGUCACAGGUCUUACCACAUCACAGAUGCGACACGUGAACGGUUUCUCAAAUAUGUACUGGGGGUGGGGUGCAGAGGACGAUGAUAUCUACAAGAGGGUACUUGCUAAAGGAUAUUUUCGAUCAAGGCCGGAGGGGUCGGUCGGUUACUACAAUACUAUACACCAUGAUCACAGUAUAGCGGCAGCAUCACCGGAACUGUUAUGUCUUCUAGAAUACAGCUACGAACGUACUGAAGACGAUGGUCUGAAUAGCAUAACAUACCAAGAGCCCGACAUCGAAUUGACUCCUCUAUUUACUAAGAUAUCAGUUGAUAUCCGCAAACAGGCCUGGAAAGAAAAGUGGACCAAGUGCGACCCCUUGCCGUACGCCACUCAAAAUCACCAAAAUGACGGUAGCGAGCAGAACGGUAAUGAAAUGGUUUGAUUGUGACCGGAAGACAUGGGGAGCAUUUUCAUCAACAUUUUACGUCCGACAAGUUGUCAGAUCUGAUAACUUUCCUUGAUUUUGAUUGGAUGAGAAGCCCAGUACCUAUGGUAACUGUCGGGUAAAACAAGACUUGUCAGAUGAAACGUCAUGAACGUUCGCUAGGAUAGACAAAGAGAAGGCGUAAAAAGGGAAUUUCACACAAAAGCAGAAGAAGGUGGAGGAAAAAAAGUAGGAGGAGAUGUGUUUUCAAUUUUCUAUUACAGACGGAAGUACUGUUAAUUGCAUAAGUAGGGGAAGGCGGUUAAGAUGAGCAAUUUUUUGCUUUUUGCAUGUUAGGACUGAUACAACUAAUAAUCUUGUAGAAAUAAGUACCUUGCAAAAAUAAAAAUUUAGUUCUUGGGAAUCAUUUUUACCUACAUGAAAAUUUCUAACACUGAAAGGCACUGUCAUCUUUGAAACAAAUGAUGUCAAAUGGCUCAACUUGCCCCACCCAUGGGGUAAAUUGAGCCACCUUCUGGGGUAAAUUGAGCCACAAAAAACUUUGUACCAAAGCUAUAGGGCAAGAACCAGCCUGACUUUUUUAUGUAAAAAUCUUUUCACUUGCUAAUUCUCUAUAUACUAAAAUCCUCCAAAAGUAAUUUAUGACUGUCUUGUGAAUUUGGUCCCUUACACAGUAAAAAAAAUAGCACGUUGUUUAAGCCUGUCACUCUAUAACAACAGGUUAUUUAAACUGUUUUGUAAUUGUUUAAACUUUUUAAACAACUUGUUUAAAAACUUUAAACAACUUGUUUAAAAAGUUUAAACAGUUGUUUUAAAAAAGUCUAAACAUUUGUUUAAAAGUUUAAACAGUAGUUGUUAGAGUGACGGGCUUAAACAACGUGCUUAAAAUUUUAAACAGCGUUUUUACAGUGUAUGCCUGCAUAUCAAUGGCCUUUUAAGGUUUGUUUGUUUCAUAAAGGCCUAUACAUUAUUAUAUCCCUUACUUAAGAUUGUUGUAUUCAGAGUGUACACAAGGAGAAAAAAAAUAGUUUUACUACGAAAAGCGUUUGCCAUGAAAUAGUUCAUUUUCCUUGCUGACGUCACGCAUAGUCAAUUUUUUUCCCUAGGGAAAAAGUUAACUAUACGUUUUUUUGACCCCCCCCCCCCACCUCGAUUCGCGAGCUGUGCGGCGCGAUGCGAGCAGAACGCUGCUCAGCCAAACGGUACUCUCUACUGCAUGCCACGGGCAACUUUCGGCGAGCUGCACUAAGGCGUGUUGUCAAAAGUGUGUGUGCGUUUUUUCCUUUAUAUUCCACGGCGAAACCGCUGAGCGUGACAUUGUCCAUUUUCUUACCUACGGGUCAGUGCUCUUGCCAUUCAAGACGCCAUCGUGCACUUUUGCAGCGAAAACGGAAGCGUGCGCUUUUAUCUUUUCUUUUGACGCCCCCCGGCUGGCUCUCCGAUAAGAUGUUUUUGCAUGAGCGCCCUCUAUGUCCACGAUAUCGGCAUUUUAGGCAAACUAUUGAACACCCCAUCUCUAGUCACUGAUCUGAAUAUCGUUGUGUCCUUGUAUCUGUGUGCCUAGUCCAGUGGGGUAUAUAUUUUCCAAAGUUACACUUUCACAAUUUCUUUUGAUAAUUUUUCGUUUCGGGUUUCAGCAUAUGACAAACUUCAGUUAGAUUUAGAUUUAAUUUUUUAAUAGAACAAUAAAGCUUUAGCCCUUUAGCAUGUUGUUUUAUUUUGAAGAAUAUACCGUUAAAUUAUUGACUUUCUAAAAGUAAGUAUUUACGCGCGGGUAAGAUUUCUUUCAUCACACUGAGCCCACACAGUCAGCAUUGUCGGGUGAAAAGGAAAAAUAUGGAAUUUUCCUUAACAUCUUUGGAAACAAAAUGCAAAACCCCUCGCAAAAAUUGCAAUAUAAAUCAUACCUGGGUCCAAAAAUGAGGGCAUUUAAAUGUAUACAUUGAAACGCUACUGUGGC